AUGUCUGCAAAAACAGGGAAAAAAGGAAAAAAGGUUGAAAAGAAUCCACAGCCUGCUAGCAGUGCUAACCUAUUCUCACUUGUUGCUAAAUGGGUGAGAUAUCUGGAUAAAUUAGAAUUGAGCAGUGUCAAACCUGGACUAGAUGAGCCAACUCUGGAAUAUUUUGAAGCCAAAGUACGCGACUUGACUGAAAAGAAUGCUCGUGUCAAACUCAAAUGUGAGGAAUUGAUCAGGGAGAAUGAAAUUUCAGCCAACGCACAAACUAAAUUCAAUCAUGACAAGCAAGAUAUUGUAGAGUUUUUAAACAUUAAAGUCAGUGAGCAUGAAAAAAUGAUAUCUGUGUUGGAGAGCAAGGCACAUCAGCUUGAAAAAGAGAAACAGGAUUACGAAAUUCGGACAAAAUCUGAAAUGAGUUCAUUAAAAAGUGCUAUGCAGUCAGAGUUGGAAACGAUGCAAACUCAAUGUACAAAAUACAAGGCGGAAUUAAGCGAGUUAACGGCAUUUUCUGCCAAAAAAAAGGAUCUGGAACUUCAAGUCAUUCACUAUAAAACCCUAUUGGAAAAAAAGGAAUGCGAGUACAGAGACACCAUUCAUAACAUUGAGCGCAAAGUAUUGCAGGACAAGAAUCAAAUGAAACGCGAAAUGCUCCAAAAGGUAAACGAGGCAGUUGCCAACUUUAGACGAGUAGCAGAUCAGCAAAUGGCAGAAACUACCAAGCGCGCUAUCAGAGAAAACAUGGCAAUCACGUCACAGCUCAAGAAAAUGAGUUCAAAAACUAUUGAACUUAUUGCUGAAAACGACAGCUUGUCAACUAAAAUGAAACGAUUAAGAAUAAAUAACUCGUUGCUUUCUGAAUCAGAGCAAGAACUGGUUAAGCGAAAUCAGGCUAAUCAACGGGUCAUCAAAAUGCUUGUGGAGAAGCUUAAAGAAAGCGAUCAGAUGCUUGAAUUGGCAUUUGAAUCCGAGCAAGUUGAGCCAUCGAAUGAUUUUUCAAAAGAAAAUACAUCAGAUGGACACCAAAUGGGAGGUGUGGAAUAUUUGACCGAAGAUAUGAAAGAGGAAAUCGAAGCACUUCAAUAUGAUUAUAAUAUUCUUGCAGCUCGCUUGACAGAGGUUGCAAACGUGACUGAUGAGAUGGAAUUGACGUUUGGAGUAAACUCUAAUGCUUUACAGAGUGAGCAAGUUUUUUCUGACAAGAUUGAACCAAACAGUAGUCCACCUCAGCACGACACUCAAGAAAGAAUAGUAGAAAACAAUUCAAAUCUUGAAACUUUUCCACAAACCAGCGCUUCGAGAGUUGAUAACAUUAAAGAGUCGCAUAUAAAUGUUGAAGAUAGCCCAUCCAAUGCACAUGGUCAAGAUGAUCGUUCAGAUGACGAGCCUGUUCAGAAUGGAAGCGAUUCCGACAGUAUUGAGGAUCGUUGCGUCAGCUUUCCUCCGAUUGGCCCAACAUCGUAUACUUGUAAAGUCAAUACAGAUGGGAAUUCAGACAAUGGAAAGAGUGGACAGAAUCAGAAUGCAGAGAUGAGAUCCAAUCGAAACAGGAGAAACAUGGAUCAAGUCGUUGGAUUUGGUAAAGUGCAUAUGACUGGUUACCAGAAAAGAGUGGAAAAGAACUACAUGAAUGUGAUUGCCAAGAUCCCAUCCAAAUACACAGGUUUGACCAUAGUAUCGGAUAGUGGAAGGAAAGAUGUGGGUGUACAAACCAAACCGUUACCGUUUGGACAGACUCCAACCAGCCAGUAUCUUUUAGGAGAGUUACGACCAUGGGGAGCAGUUGCACGAUGUCUCCCAAGAUCUGGAGUCAGGUCAUACCAAGCCAGACCAGUUGUCAAGUCUAUUCAGCCAGAAUCGUUUAUUUCAAAAAAAAAGUCAAUAUCAAGCCAUUCAUGA